AUGCAUCCAGUCGCAGGAAGCACACACAGACAUUGCCUAGCAAGGAAGUACGGCGUCCUGACCACACUCAUCACAUCAUCUCACAGACAUCAUGCAAAGAAACUUCAGGCCGGCGAGGCAAAAGAGUAUCUGCCUUCCUUGCCGGGCGAUGUAAGGGCGCAUGAUCACGACCAGGCGUCGUCAGAUUCAGACUCCUCCCGAGCACUGCAUAAUUUAGAAAGAAUACUUACUUCGAAGUCGCAUGCUGAGCACGAUGAAGCAGUGACACCCACUGAGAUUCGCAAGGGCUCGGCAAUCUCUCAGCGAAAGCCGAUUCGCAAGGUUUCGAAGCUGGCACGCAAGAAAUCGUCCAUUUGUGGAAUGUCGGAGAGUGAUGCAAAGGAUGAGGCUUUGGUGCCGUCAGCCGAAGCGGUCUUGGACAACACGAAUACGCUCGCAUAUAAUUGCAGUCAUAAUACUCCAGCAUGGUUAUAUUUUAAGCAGGAGAUCGUCCGCUUGACACAUACCCUCAAGAUCAGAAGAUGGAAGCGCUUGCCUAUUGAGCAGAGUCAGGGUAUAGAAGUGUCAAGAUUAAGUGGUGCUCUUACGAAUGCUGUCUACGUUGUCUCACCACCGGUAGACUUCAAGAACCCGAAUUCAGACGGGAGGCCGCCACGUAAACUUUUAUUGCGUAUCUACGGUCCACAAGCAGAGCAUUUGAUCGAUCGUGAGAACGAGCUGCAAAUACUUCGGCGAUUAGCACAAAAGCAGAUUGGCCCUACCCUGCUAGGCACAUUUAAUAACGGCAGAUUCGAAGAAUUCUUUCACGCGCGUACACUGGAAGCUGAGGAUUUACGAGUGCCGGAAACUUCAAAGCAGAUCGCCAAACGGAUGCGUGAGCUACACGACGGUAUAGCGUUGUUGAAGGAGGAGCGUAAUGCGGGAGCGUCUGUGUGGAAGUAUUGGGACAAGUGGAAGGAAAGGUGUGAAGAAGUAAUAACAUGGCUCGACCAUCAGAUCCUCGAGAGCACCAACCAAUCUUCGAAAUUAAACCGACCAGCUUGGAUGGAGAAGGGACUCAUAUGCGGCGUUGAAUGGGCGGUCUUUCGGGGGGCGGUCCGCAAAUACCGUGACUGGUUGUAUGAGCAGUACGGUGGAGAAGACAAGAUCAGGGACGAAUUGAUCUUCGCCCAUAACGAUACGCAGUAUGGCAACUUGAUGCGUUUGGAACCAGAAGGAGAGUCUCCUUUACUCAAGCCAGAGAAUUCGCACAAGCAACUUCAGGUCAUCGACUUUGAAUACGCAGCGCCGAACGUUCCUGGCCUGGAAUUUGCCAACCAUUUUACGGAAUGGUGCUACAACUACCACAGUGAAACGAAACCUUACGCCCUGCACGAGAAAUUGUAUCCGAGUGUAGAGGAACAACACAGGUUUCUGAGGGCUUAUGUUCAGCAUACUCCGCCCAUCCAGACGCGUCAAUUUAGCACACCACCACGUAUACCGGCACGAGCGCCGUCCAGCUCGAUAUCCACGUUCGUGCUUGAUAGCCGCGCACCACCCAUGCCUUACGCAGAAGAGGAGCGCAAGCGAGAUCAGCAGCUCGAGACAGAGGUCAAGCGCUUGCAACACGAGAGCCAGAUUUGGCGAGUGGCCAAUUCGGCGCAGUGGGUGGCCUGGGGUAUCGUGCAAGCCAAGGUACCUGGUAUGGACGAAGCACUUGAGGCGCAAAGAAAUGUGACGCCUACGCCCGAGGCUUCCCAGACUGUUGUUGGGGCAGAGGGGCAAGUUGACGAGAGGUGUGACGAGCUUAGCAACCCAAUGGCUGGACUCACGCUCGAAAUUAACGAGCAGAAAGCGGAUCCGAGCGAAGCACGCAACGGAGAGCAGGCUUCAGAGGUAGAAGCGCCGGAGCAAGAAGAAGAGUUUGACUACCUGGGCUACGCGCAAGAAAGAGCCUUGUUCUUUUGGGGCGAUGUGUUGCGACUGGGAAUCAUGACGCCAGGCGAGUUGCCCGAAGAUCUGCUUCGGAAAGCCAAGACUGUCGAGCACUGA